AUGAAAAAGUACGAACAGAUUGAAUUAGAGCAUUCAAUUUUGAAGAAAACAUUACAGAAAUUUACAAACCAUUCUAGUGAUAAAAAUGGGCAAGAGCGAAAUGAUGAAAUAUUUAUGAGAGAUGUUUCAAUGAAAUAUAAGUACAUGGAGAAUCAGUGCGAAUUUCUAAACGUUAAUUUAAAUAUUCUAAGUCUGGAAAAAGAGAAAGAGGUUAAAAAAAACAGAGAGCUGCAAAAAAUUAUUAACAAACAAAAAAAAGAAAUAGAUGGGUAUAAAAAAAUUUUAGAAAAAUUGAAAAGUAUAAUUAUAUCAUUUAAAAAGAAGAAAGAUGAAGCAGAAAGUAAAAUUUGUUCUAUGAUAGACAAUAACUUAGAGACAAAGAAUGAUAAUAAUUUACUAAAAGAAAUAAUAAAAAUAAAUGAUAGACUUAAUGAUGUUAAUAAGAAAGUAAAUGAACAAGUAAUAGUCGAAUUAGAAAAUACAAGAAAUAAAUUAUGUAUAGCCAAUAAUAAAAUUAAGAAUUUUUUUCAAAUUAUUACUAACAUAAGUGACAGAUAUUUGAAGUGUAAAAAAGAAAAGGACAAAACGUUACUAGCAACGUUAAAAAUUAAUGAACAACUUACAGAAGAACUAAGAAAAAAAAAAGCCAUAGAAAAUUAUAAUAUUCAAUGGAAAGUCAAAUUAGAAGAAUUUAAUGCACUCAACGUUUUGCUAAACUAUUAUGAAGUAAAAUAUAAAGUGAGCAACGCGAAUAGGCACUUAGUCUUGAAGUACAUUAACUCGAUAUCAAGCUCUUCCCCGAUAGAGGGCAUUAAAAGGGGAAAAAGUAAUGGCGUCCUUGGAAGCAGUGAUGGUAGUUGCGCCUAUAAUAGCCGUAAUAAUAUCUUCAAUCUAGAGGAUGAAAAGGCAGUGAACAGUCUUCUCUUCCACCAUCUGUGCAACAUUUAUAACACAGAAAGAAGUAAACAAAAAGAGGAAGUCACAUACGAUGAACAGAUGAACCUAUUAAAAGAGAAAAUUCUAACUGAGUACAUUUCAAAGACGAACCCACAAAAAGAAAACAUGCUUCCUAUUAGUAUGCCUACAAUGGAAAAUGAAAAAAAAGACUUAACUACCUCAGAAGCAUUUGCCCUUAGCAAAUUAAGCUUUUCAAAUAUUGUAGAAAUCCUAUAUUGCAACAUGAAAAUAGUGAAUGAUAUUAUGGACUGUGUAAAUAUGUCCUUGCUCCUUUUGAUAUAUAUACGCGAUACGUAUUUAAAAGAAAUAAUUACAAACAUUAAUGAUCAUCCUUCUUAUGUCCUAUCCUUAGAAAAGGGUAGUAUUAGGUUUGGCAUUUAUUUUUCAAUAACACUCUGUAAUUUUCUUGUAUGUAUAAUAAAAUAUGUCCAAAUUAUUAAAAGCGCGAAUAGAUAUAAUAACAUCCAAUUGUUACAAGAUGAUAGACUUGCCAACAUAUUUUGUCUAUCUAAAUAUAUAUUAGAACAGUUUAUGGAAAAAAUUAAAUUCAAAUUGUUCUCUAAUAACAUUGAUUACUCAACACUUAAUAUGUUAACUAGUAUGCUAAUAGAUAUGCACAACACACUGUUUAUUACCCAUGUGCAAUUAGAUAAACCGGAUGAUAGAAAAAUGGAGGAAAAGAGUUACCAGUCAAAGCGGCAUGCGAUAUACGAAAAGGAGAGGUACAAAAUGACUACGAAAAUAUACAGUAACCACGAAAUGGAUGAAAAUGGAGAAAUCGACCAUAUUUACUAUAUUGAAAAGAAUAACCAAAUGAACGAUAAGGAAAAGGAGAUAAAAUCCAAGGACGUGCGAGAAAUGAAUACAAACGAAACUGUAUCUUCAUUCGAGAUGUUCUGCUUUUUGAACACCGCCAGUGCAGUUAGCAUCCUCCUGAUAAUUGAUAAGGACACAUAUGUCCAUUUUUCCAACGAAGUUGACUUAAAUAUACAAAUGGAGAUAAUUAUAAAAUGUGAGGAGGUACUAAAACUAAUAAAGACACCACAAAAAAUUCUCAAUUUUCAUUUUAUGACUAAGCAGUACAAAAUUUCAUUUAAAAAUUUUAUAAGGUACACAGAAAAGUACAAAGAGGUACUCAUCAAUAACAUAAGUAACACAAAUAAUGAAAAAUGGGGAAAAGAAUUAAGCAGUACAAUAAGUAAAACAAGUAACUACAUUUUAAAAGAAUUAAAAACCAUUUUAGAAAGUUCUAAUAUUUAUUCAAUUGAUAUACAAGAAAAGAAAAAAUUAUUUAUUUUCAAAAUUUUUGAAAAAUAUAUAGAAAUUUACAAUAACGUAAUGUCGAAAAAAAACAAAAGGAUAAUAGAACCUAAGGACUUAGAAGAGAAGGAGGGGGUGAUAAAAAAAUUAGAGGAAAAAGUAAUGUCAUGCACAAAUACAAUUCAAAUGCUAGAAAAGAAUAUUAAUAUUUUAACAAUUAGAGAAGAAAAAUUUAAUAAAAUAAAAAUGGACUUUGACAUUUUAAAAAAAGAAAAAAAUGAAUAUUUAAGUAUUAUUACUGAUUUACGAAAAAGCAAAAAUGAAAGUUUAAAUGAAAUUACUUAUAUUUCUAAAAAUUACAACGAACUGAAGAAUAAAUACAAUGAGUUAUUAAAAAAUUAUGAACAAAAAAAAAAGUAUAUAGGGUCUACCAAAAACUUCGAACAAUCAAAUCUAGACAUUUAUUAUAUGAAAAGAAUUAUAAAUAACUUAUAUUAUGAAAAUUUCUUGACAAAAAUAAAUAAACAUUACUAUCUAUUUGAUCAAAAAAUUAAUUAUUACAAUGAUUUAUAUCUUGAUUCUUUAGCAAUAAAUUUUAAUCACUCCUUAGAAAAUGAAAAUCCUCCAAAAGAAACUAAUGAAAUUAAUAGCAACGAAGUGGAUUCUCCAAACAAUACGAGGGAAAUAAAAAAUGAAAAAAAAAAAAAAAAAAUUACCUUAAAUGAGAAUCAACUUCUUCAAGAUAAUAAUACCUUUUUUUCUAAUACAAAACAUUCAAUGUUAUAUGAUGAUAUUUAUAACUGUGAAAUAAUUAAAAGCAAAUUAAAAAGAUGCAAAACGGAUUAUUUUAAAAAUAAAUUGUAUCAAACGACAUUAAGCAGUUCUUUUAUUCCACGUGAAAAUAAUAAAUCAAUUCAACAUAUUGUUGACAUCAUUGAAUCUUACAAAAUUUUAAAAAACGAUAUAUUCACACAAAUACUGAAUACACCUAUUGGUAGUAUUAAUGACCAAACAAAUACUGGAAGUAGCAGCAAAGGGCACUCUCAAAAGUGCGCCCAAAAGUUAGCUCAAGAGAGGGCUCAUGUGUACAGCAAAUUAAAAUCCCUCAAAAGUGUAGUAAAUAAUUUUUACACUACGAAUAAGUUAGCAAAAUUUAAUGAUGCGGUUUCACUUCAAGAUAGCAUGCUGCGUAUUUCUAUUCAGGGAAAAAAAGAAGCCGAUGAAAGGGUAGUAGCCGGUAGAGAAGCACAGCGAGGGGAUGUAGUAGCUAACGUGGAAGCCAGAAAUGGAGGGGAUGAUUCAAGUAAUAGAACUAAGGAUGGACGUAUCCCUUUUGAACAUGUGACAACUCUCCCAAGCUGUAAUAAGAUUAUACUAAAUGAAAACUCAUUUUCUUAUUUAAUUCAAAAUGUAUUUAAUUUGUAA